UCUGAGGCUGCACAAAUAAAGUACAGUUGUGGAUUGGAGCGUGGCACUUCUAGAAAGGUCUUCAAGCUUUGGAUCAAAUGCAAAUGAAAUAGCUCAAUGCUUAGAGCUUGUGCUACACCAACCUUCGCUCUGACAUGCACUAAGGGACCCAUAAAUGCCCUUCUUGCUGAGAGAGUUAAGUCAGAUUGCCCAGCAGACAGGGUGCCAGCAAACACUUCAGCUGCUGCAAUGACUGCAAACCCACGUUGGCUGCUGCAGCGAGCUGCUCCACCAUGAGAAAUGUCCUUCAUCCUGCUUCCCUGGGAGUGCAGAGGUGCUGUAUCAUGUCCAGAUAGGACACCACCAGUGUGAGAAUCAUCCCAAGACAACUGCUCCAAGGGGUUGAGCUCAGGUGGCUCCUCUGCUUUCUCCAGCAGCCAGGCAAAGGAGAAGAGCUGGGAUAGCCCCACGCGUCUGGUCGCUACCCGCAGCACUUGUAGGGAUGGAUUCCAAAGGCAACGUCCGAAGUGCAAACAAACCUGAUGCCAAGGCCCCCAGCUCUGGAAAGCCAGAAAAGCCCAACCCUGGGCCUGCCACGAAUGCAGACAAGAAGGAGAUCCCCAAAGAGCAGCCCGCUCCUGCCACUGCCACCAAGAAGGCAGGUGGUGAUGCUGCCGUCGUGAACAACCACAGCAACCUGAAACCCAGCCCCGCCGCCACGGAGACACAAGAGGCCACCGGCCAGUCCCCUGACUCUGACCACAAGGGAAACAGCUCCGAGGAGUCACCAGGCAGCAUCUUCGACAACAUGAAGCCCUUGAUCAUCGUUGGAGGAGUGGCAGUGGCUGCGCUUGCUGUGAUUGUGGGAGUGGCGUUCCUAGCCCGGAAAAAAUGAAGACCGAGAUAGGGUGGGGAUGAGAAACCCAACCCAGCUGUACAGCUCCUUUUGAGACAAAUGCAUGCAGAAAAAUUCUAUACAUAUCUAUAUAUAUAUAAAGCGAGCUAGAUAGGUCAACAACAAACACCAACUGCAACUCCAAGAGUCUUGUUCAAGACAACUGUGCCAGUUUGACCCAGUGUGGGUAACUCCAUGCACUCAGUGUGUUCUUUCAUGUAAUAUAUCUUGGCUUAUACCACUGUGUAUAGAUUACUGCUUCUCCUGAUCGGUGUAAAUGACGGUGUCCCCUCCCCUCCCUGCUGUCCUCCCUGGGAGACACCCCCACCUCUCUUGCAGUCCCCUGUUUUCAAGUCCAAAGUGUUCUGCAUCCCAUCCAGAGUCCCUGCUUUGUGUUUUGGUUUCUGCUUGGUUUGUUUUUAAGUUGGGUUGUGGUAAAGAAGAUGUAAAGGGAGAUGGAGCCUAGUGCUAAGACCCAGUUUGCCUGUCACUGUGUGUUGGGCUGGUGUUUAUCCAGCACCCCUGGGGCAGGGGAAGCACUGGGUAACUGCAGGCAAAAGGCAGCUCCUUGACCCAAACAGCAAAGAGUGAUCUCUACUAGGUGUCUCGUGUACCUGCUGCUCAUCAACCCACUUUUAAAAACCCAACUCGAAAGUGCCCCGGAGAAAACAGGUUGGCUGCAGGUGGAGGCUGAGACUGCAGCAUGGUAGAGCUGAGUAUGCAACUUGGGACGUCGCAUCAAGUCAUUUCUCUGGCUGAGCUGCCAGUGGGGGAGUGAGCAGAGGGGCUGUACUGUGACCAACAGUGCAGUUAGCGCAUGGAGAUACCUGGCGAAGUCCCAUGCCAACCUCGGGCAGGCAGCAGCUGCCAUCUGCUUGGUUUCUUGCAUGUUGGCAGGCAGCCUUCAGGAUCCCAUGGCUCACCAAGGUCAUAUGGGCAGCAUUUGGGGAUAGAGAGACUUUGUUUUGGAUCUAGUAUUUCCUAAAGUUAGGCUGGGCUUUGCAGGAUUCUAUGGCCUCAGUCCAAACUCUCUCGAGGUCAGCUGGACUCUUUCUGUUCAUUUCUUUGGGCUUUGGAUCAGGCCUUUCACCUCAUUUUUUUCCCACUGAAGGCUAUGGUCUUUCAGUACGUGAGAAAGUAGAAAAAAGGGAGACAUCAGCUGGUUUUAGGGGCAGAGAGGACCUGGGACCCCAUGAGAAUAACACUGACCUGCUUUAUACCAGGGAAACUCUGUUCAAGGGCACUGGAAGUCCGUCUGUCCUAGGGGGAUUUGUUACCUCUCUCCUAUGACGGUAGCAGGGAUUUGUGACUCCUUCACACUUUGGAAAUGGAAACAAAUUCCCAGCCCUCAGGAACAGCCUGGUUUCGUUGGUGAGUACCUUGGCUUUAAAGCCAGACCUUGUGAGGGGGAGAAGGAAGGUAGGCAACAAGAGAUGGUGUUCAGUGCAUUGGCUGAUGCCCUUCCCCUAACACCAAGGGGUGGGCAGAUCUUAUUCUGAAAGUUUCCAUUAGAUUACUCUUGGCUGCUGCCCUGCUGCAAAAAAGAGUCUUACAAAAAAGACCUUGCAUUUUGUUUUUAAAUUAGGUCAGAGAUUAGAUGGGGUCAGAACUGCAGAGCCUGGAGCUCAGCAGCAGUUGCAGCCAAUGGGCAGGGUUUUGGAGCGAUGAUUAGCAAGAGGUUGUGACAAAGUGGAGUGAGUUCGGUUAAAGAGCCUUAGUCAUACAUCUUUAACUAACCUGGAUGUAUAAAUUCAGUGGGUACAGGGCCAGAGAAAGGUGUACAUUCCUCAGGUACUGCCUUUGCAGUAUCUGCUUCUGGCAAGAUUACUGCAUAAGAUGGUGGGUGUGUGUAACCUGAUCUGGCAAUUCUUCUCUUGGCUCAUGUCUGUCUUAUUUACCUCUAAAUUUGGUCUGCUGAAUGCACGUGGCUUCCCCAAAGAAAAGGUCUUUUGAUGCAGCCUGGCCAUUCCUAUGGUGAGCUUUGUCAUCCUCUUUUCCCCAAGGCUCAUAAAAUAUUCCCAAAGGUGCACAGCCUUUGGGAGUAUCAGAUGCUGUCUUCUGAUGAACAACAGGCUGCAUGCAGCUGAAGUUUAAUGUCUACCUCUAACUUUACCAGUACAGAGACAGGGGGUGGGCAUGCUGGGUUCACAGUGGUUUUUGGAACCAGUGCUACAGCCCCAGGUGAAAUCCUGGUAGCUUAAAGCACUCUUUGCAUAUAUUGUGGGUGUGUCUCCUAGUAGCAGUAUGUCACUUGCAGCCUGGAGAAUUUAUUUGGUUUGAAGCAGAAGGGGCCAUGGUGGGGUGUUUCUGUAAUGCCACUUUUGUCUAGAGAACUGAUUUCCCCUCAUCCUGUUUUGCAAAUGUUCAGAGGUUAUUUUUUGGGGGGGGAGACGGAAGGGCAAACAAUAGCAAAGGAGUAGGAAAGGUAUUUGGAAAGCAGAGAUGUGAGAGAGAAUACAGCUCAGAAGCAGUCCCAGCACAGCUCCCUUGCAGCGACUGUGGCAGGGCUUUGCAAGAGGACGCGGUGAGGCUGCUGCAUCUACACUAAGAAUCUGGGAGUGCUGCAAAGCCCCCAGACCCUGACAGUGCCCUGGGCACAUCCUUUUGCCACACUGGGGAGAGAUCCCAUUGCAUACCAGCUCCCCCUGCUCCUGCUUGCACCCUGCACCGUGCAUUCUGGUUCCCUACAAGAGAAAUCUGGGUGCAUAAGCCAGAAGCAAACUGCAGUGCAGUCCUGCCAGGAACCUGAUGUCCAUGACUGGGAGACCUGUGCCCACUGGGUACAGAGUAACGUAUCCAAAGUACUGGGGUUUGGAUGUGGGGACAGCUAUUGCUGGGCUCCUCUUCCCUCAGAUCUCUGAAGCACAAAGCUCUUGGCUGUAGAGAAAUUUUGCUUACGUUGCUCGUGAGGAAGGGAAAUUGGUCACUCCUGCUCUGAUUCAUGUUUUGGCAAAGUAGGGUGGUGAUUUUCAGACAGUGACUUUGGUUUUCAAGUGGGAGGACUGUCUUCAAGAGAUGCUUCUACCUGUCUUGUCUGUUCCCUCCCUCUCAGCCCUGGCAUAUGAUUAUUUUUUUUUAGCAGUGUGUGACAACAUUACAGAUAUAGCGUCUAUCUAUUCUGCCCUGACCAGGAUAGAUAAAUACAGGGGGAGGAAAAAGAAACACCUGCUUCAUUUGAAUCUCCUAUUUUACUUUCUAAAGUGUUUUUAUUUCUGUGACUUAACCUUUGUCAACAGAAGAGGGGAAAAACAGUUCUCAGCCAACAUGGGCCUUAACCAUUUCUGUCCCCCUUUAACCCCCCCUGCCCUUAGAGCACUCAGAUCCAAGGCCAGUAAUUUCAUCCAGAAACACACCACAGAGGUGGUGAUGGGACUGCAGCUCAUCAUCUGGGUAUGUAACGACAUGUGAACCCUCCCUAGGCAGUGAACGUGCUAUGUCCUGUUCAUAAGGGAUUUUCCACUUACUGUGAUCACUUAACAUUGCCAUCUGCUGUCCAGAUUCACUACCUGGAUCCCACCUCUUUGGCAGUUUGGUUUGGAAAACACCUGUGUGUGUGUGUAUGUGUGUAUACACCACCCUGCCUUGAAGAAUAUUCUGCAUAUGUAUGUAUACAUACAUAUAUGUUUAUAUUACUGCAGUCUGGGGAGGGAAAAAACAAGCCAACCUGGAGAUGACCCUUCAUUUGUUCCCCUGCAAUCACACAAAGUGUCCGUGAUGUCUUUUUUGUGCCAUUUGCAUCAUGCCAUGCAGCACCUGAAUUCCUUUUCGGUCCUCGUUUCUUCUCAGUGCAAAGAAUGUAUGGCUAGUGAACUGCUGAAUGUACGAUGUGCCCGUUUGUGCUAGAAGCUCAAAAUUACUGUUCCCCUCCCUGGAUAGUCGUGUGGGCUACUUGCUUUAAAAUAAGGCACUUUUAAACUAUACUGGACUGUGUUGUAGCGCUUUUCAAAGUGUGGGUCUAGUGUUGAUUUGAGUCAGGUAGACCAAGCAUAGAUGCCAUACAAGCUCCUAAGCACACAGCUGGGGCAACGCACUUCAGUCCUGACUUGCAAAUGACAUCCUCUUAGCAAACACCUCCUGUUCUGCCUUAAUGUGCCAGGCUGUGCAGUGGUUUCAUUUUGAGAAAAAAAAAAAAAAAAUGUCCAGCGAGAACUAGGCUGAGAAGAGCAAAUUCACCUCUCUCAGAAUUGAAGCGAGAUUGAAACCAAAUUUGUCAAAGGAGAAGGCUUAAAUGACUGAACUCGCUGUGCUAAAUAAAUAGUUGUCUUUUCUUGUACUGAGCACAUGCCGUUAUUUGCUUGAUGUUAUUCUUUGUGUGGUGUUUGUGAUAUGAAGUCCUUCUAGUGAUAUCUCCAUGGGGAGAAUGAACUAAUGCUUAAAACUAAUCAGAUUCUGUGCUUGGGAUUUGAAGAGAUCUAGAUUGCUAGUUUACUCUUUUGAUAAGGUCUACAACUUAUAAAUUUGCAAAACUGACUUCAGACAUGGUAGCUUAUCACUAAAACUAUAGAUUCAAUUACUACACCUGAUCUCAGUCUAUUUUUAAGGAGCCAUAAGUUUUAGUUGAAUAUAAAGAUGUCAUUAUGCUCUCUUGGACAACUUGGUAGAAGGUUUUUGAAGCUUCUAGCUUUAAGAAAGAUGAAAUGGAUUACACUUCUGCUUCUUCUUUCUACUGAUUUAAUACGCUAUGGAUAAGUCCCUUUAUUCCUAAGAGUUCUGCAGUAGGAUGCAAACAAAUCUGGAAGCCAAAGGAUAAUGCAGCAGUAUUUUGAGGAGGGUAAGAAUGCAUUCUUGCAGGUGCUGUUCACCUCUCAGGCUCACACUUAAAGCGCUUGAACAGUCGCGUGCCCUGAAGCACUUCUUAGUUCCCUUAGGUUGUGUGGUAAAUUAAAAAUGGGUUUAUGUCUCUGCUGAAUCAAAGUUUAGGGGUUGAUCCAUAGGCUACUGAAAACAUGGGAGAUUUUUCCAUUGGCUUUACCAUGCUCUGCUCAGGCCUUUGAGAUCUUAUUGGCACCAGGGAUACGAUUGCAGGUCAUCAUAAAAUGUAAAAUCAUUUCAAUGGCAUGUUUUUUUUAAAACUGACAUGAACAUUCCUUAGCCCUUCUGCUGGGUAUAAGGGAAGUCUCUGGUAUUAACUGAGGCAGCCAUGCUCACAACCGUGCUUAUAGCUACAUCAGUAUUUGCAUAUAAACAACAACAGUGUAACUAAAAAAAACUAGAGUUGGUGAGAUGACUUCUGCCUUAAAAAUUCCCUUCCUUUUCUGGAAAUGCCAGUGGGGUUUAGAAAUCGGCUUCCUUCUAACUGUUCUUAGAAUUGGUUGAAACUAACAGUCCUGAAGAUUUGAGAGAAAAAACUGUUCUUCAAGAAACAAACCAAAAAAAGAAGGCAAUGAAAAAAUGUAUUUGAAAUGUGAAAUUCUUGGAAUUUCAAUCAGCUCUACAGAAAGCUUCAGGUCAGUGAUUCCCAGAGGGUAGAAGAAAUAGUACAGAGUAAUGCAGAGGGAAAAAGCACGAUUUCAUUAUCUUAACAGUUUUGGUAAAGACAUGUUAUUUUUUAUACCUUAUCUACUUCUGGGUAUUUUUUUUCUUGGACAAAAGCAAAAAUGACCAACUCUGCCAUGAAAAUUAACUUUUGCUAACUGACUUUUCCAAAUUAAUUUUUGCUGGCUCUGUUCAAUGUUAAAGGGUUAGUGAAGCGAGAAGAUGACCUGAAGUUUUCUACAACCAACUUUGUGUGAUUAAGGGAAAUGGCAAGUUUACAAUUUCGGCAUUUUGAAAGGCUGUGUUCUCUUUUUGCAUGCUUUGCUAUGAAAAGGACUGAAAAUCCAACAUACUUGCACUUCAGUCCUCUUAGUCUGUGACUUCAUGCUAGGGCAGGGAUGCUGGUUCCCUUCUCAAGCCAUGUAGCAUCUUACUGUGGUCUCAUUCCCUUCAGCACAGAGACAGGAGAAAUCUCCCGAGCUAGGAAGAGCUGUCUUCCGUAGGGGUAAGCAACUGCAUCACGUAGUCUUUUUCAUAAACUGACUGCAGCUUUGCUUUACAGGCUGGGCACCUCCCUUCAUGAAGAGAAUUGGCUUUGACCUGGAUAAUAAAAAUUCUAUAUCUAAGUUAGUUAAAUUUUCAGCGCAGGAGGCUGGAAUCAGGAUGUUUCCUGUUAUUUACACCAGAGGUAUUUGGUCCUUUACUCUUUUUGGGAGAAAUCAGCUCAUGCUGAAGAUCUGACCUGGGCUGCCUCCACAUUUUAGGUGUUAUGAGUGGCACUCGAUUGACAACUCCACCGUUGAAAGCAAUGAAGCCUGCGCAGCGAUCUUCUGGGCCAAAGGAUGGGGUACCACCCAGGUACUUCAGGAUUUACGCUCUGAGGGUUACGAAGAAGCCAGGAGAGGGCGAUGUGAGCAGCGUCUGCCUCGUACUGUGGAUUAAAUAUUGCUGCUGUUUUCAGCCCAUCAUCGCUCUGUAAAUGCUUCUCCUGCAGUGACUGUUUUUGGCCUAUUCUUUUUAAAACCUCUCCUGUCCUCAUUCAAUUGGAGAUUAGUUCCCUCCUGAAGUUCAUCUAUUUGAAGUAUUACUUAACCACUAACAAGAAGUUAUUUUUUAAGUGGCAUUAAGGGCAAAGACCACAGAAUAAGAUGUCUUAGCUGUCAUGGUGAAUAUGUGGCAAAAAUGAGAGGCUACUUAAUCUAAAGGCAAACUAAAGGCAGCUAUACAGAAAGCUGAUCUCUUUGAGCUAGAUGAUCUUGAAUUCAGCAGCCCAGAUGAUGAUGCAAGGUGCUAUUGAGGGUACUGCAAUGUAACUGAGACAUCGGCUUGGAACAUGCCCCAUGUGCCAUUCAGCUGGACUUGGCUGGGUGUGUUCAUCACCAUUUUUCUUAGUCUUUUAUUGCAUCUUGCUGUGGUUAGCUCAGAUCACAUUACCUUGAUUGACUGGCCCUGGGGAGUUUAAUCUGUUGAGCAAAGGGGUUUUAUGGUGGCUUUUUCCUCUUCUUUUUCAAAUCAUCAGUCCAGCCCUGUGACCUGUUUUCUUUUUUAAUGCCCAGAUUCCUAGGCUUUAUGUUCAUGCCAGAUCUUCAACUGCUACACACUACAUGGCUCUGUUGGUUUCUGGAGAUCUGAUUCAUUGCUUGCACUUUACUGCUUCUUUGGCUACUGCAUGCAUUCCUGUUCCUUUUCCUUACUUUCUUCUCAGGCAACUCGGCAGAUGUGGCCUUUCCACAGCUAGGCAGAAACCCUGCCCCAAGGCAGAGGCAGAUUUUGGGUAGCCCCACUCAAAAGAUACAGCCAACGCUCAGCCACCGAGCACCUAAGGGCAAUGCAGGGACUGCGUGGCACAGCAGGGAAUGUACGAAGUUUUCAUCUGCCCUGAUUGCUAAGGCUUGAGGGUCUGAGUCUGCAAGAGGCUGAGUGCUCUUGUCUGCCACAGGAGUUCAGCAGAUGAGAAAACCACAUCCGGAAGGUCCCUUUCUUGUCCUUGCUCUUCCAUGUCAGUAAGUCACUGCAUGGCCACAAGCUCUGCUCAGGAUUGAAGCCUGCCUGCCAGUCAGGUGUGAGGUAUUCUGGAUGCUCAAGAGAUGAUGACACGACGUGACCAUACACUACACUUGGCUGAAGCUAGUGCUUCUGCAGUCCUCCGGUUACCGGGGCACCAAACAUACAGGCAGAGAAGAGAGGUUCUCAAGCACUCAAGAGCUGGCUCUCGGCUGAAGUCAAUGACCUGCAUUCCUGCUGGCCUUGAGGAAUCAGCUCAUGUGCCAGGGGUAUCCCACAGCACUCGCUCUCCCUCAUCCUCCAUUAGCUGCAGGAUUGAGGACAUUGAAGACUGCAAGGAUUCUUCUGUUUGAAUGGGCUGCUUGGGUGUUACCAUUUGAUACAGUAGUGCAAGACUGCUGGGCCUUGAAAAUUCACAUCUCAUUCCACUAACCAUGCUAAUAAGCUGAUAGUCGAAGCCUGCAAGUCGUGUGACAGAUCAUAGCUGUUGGCUUUCCAAAUGCAGGGGUUUGGCUCUACCCUGUGCUAUAGUUCUGCUCACUGCUUUGGACAGCGUGUGCUCUGUUUGGAUGCUCUGACAUGCGGUACUUGGGGACUCAUGUUCUCUGCUCUUUGAUGCUAUGUUCUUCAAAUUAAAUAGAUUUUUUUUUUUUUCCCUGAAAAAUGUAACUUGCCUUAAAUAGGGUUUGGACCAACAUGUUACUCCUGCUCCUGUUUCUCUUUCAGUUGCUCCCAGCUUGAAAUUCACAGACAAUUCCGUUAUUUUUUUCAUUUCUCAUAAUGCAAAGCCCCAGUGCAGCAUACCAAGACUAAAGUUACAGGUUCUUUCUGUCUGUGCAUGAUGGUGCUACAGUACCAAAACUCCUGGCAGGAAGAGAGGAAUCUUUAAUCAUCUUUGCAAUGGUAAAGGCCUGCAUUGUAUCCCUGGUUUUGCCACAGCAGCUUCAAGCAGUCAAGUUUCUGGGGCAAUUUGAUAAGAACAAGGGUGCCAUACAAUUUUGUCAUGUUAAAAAACAAAACAAAACCAACAAACCAACCAACAAGUGAAUAAUUUGGCUUUACUAAGUUUUGAGCAGCCCUUCUUAAGCCUGGUGCCUUUUCCUGAGUCACUGGUUAGGACCGUUUCAGUUGAAAUCUUUAAAAGGUGCAAUCUCAACUCCCCAGUGAAAACCAACUCUCUUCUAGUGGUAGGUGCAGGUUGUUUACAAAUUUGUGGAGAAAAUAAAAUUGUAGAAAGGGAACUCGAAGGUCAGAUUACAGGGGAUUUUUUUUUUCUUUAGGUUUGCUUGGAUUCUGUUACUUUUCCAGGGACUGAUCCAAAGCCCUCAGAAGUCAGACGGAAAGCUCAAAAUGGUAGUGGGGAAAUGCCUGCUGCUACCUUGGAAGCCACAGGCAUUUUUCCAGUGACAUCGGUGGGUUUUGAGUCAGCCCCUGAACAUGUUUUCCAAAUGACAGUAAUUUUCAGUGACACCUUGAUUUCUUCCCUGUAUAAACAGACCUGCUUGUCACUUACACAUAUUUACCUGUGUUCAACAUACAGGUUUGGUUUUUUUGCUUUCAGAAACAAUAUGCUGCUAGACACGUUUCCUGGAGGGAAAUGGACACCUACCUACACACAAAGCUAUACAGCUAAUUUAUACCUUGUUGAAUUUAUAAUCUUGUCUAUGCUUCUAUGGACACUUUGUAUGGGCUGCAGCUCAAAUCCUAAAAUAGUCAAGAAUUUUUCCUUUCCCAUAUAGUAUUCUAUUUACUUUGACUUAAAAAAAAAAGCGUAUAAAUGCAAUAAUGCAGGUAGACUAGAAAUACUAGAUUGAAAAUUAAAGUAGUUUAGCUUGUCCCUUUGUGACUGACAGUGUUGUACAACACCCAACGCUGUACCCUAACAUUUUCCAGGCUUUCUACGUAGCUGAAUCUAGUAUUAGCUUUGAAAACCCAUUGUAUGAGUGGUGGGUGGAUGGGUUGGAAAUGUGUGCUCUCUACACACUGUAUGUUACUCACAUCAGAAGCUGUAUGGCCACUCCAUAUGCUGUGAAACUGUAAAUGAUUCCCAAUACACCUGUAACUCUUACCAGGAUUGUGAGAAAUAAACUAUAUAUAGAGAUAUAUAUAUACACAUA